GGCGGCGGGAGGAUGACCUCUACCCGGGAGCGAGGUGCCGACCUGGCCCGUUUCUACACUGUCACCGAGCCUCAGCGACAUCCAAGGGGCUACACGGUGUAUAAGGUCACAGCCCGGGUUGUUUCACGAAGAAAUCCAGAGGAUGUCCAGGAGAUAAUCGUAUGGAAGAGAUACAGUGACUUUAAGAAACUACACAAAGAACUAUGGCAAAUUCACAAAAACUUAUUCCGACAUUCAGAAUUGUUUCCUCCAUUUGCCAAAGGAAUAGUGUUUGGACGAUUUGAUGAAACAGUUAUUGAAGAGAGAAGACAGUGUGCUGAAGAUUUGCUACAGUUUUCUGCCAAUAUCCCCGCUCUUUACAACAGUAAACAACUUGAAGAUUUUUUCAAGGGUGGAAUAAUUAAUGAUGGUUCUGAAUUGAUUGGUCCUGCUGAAGCUUAUUCGGAUUCCCUCGUUGAUAGCUUUCCUGAAUGUAGUACAGAAGGUUUCUCCAGUGACAGUGAUCUGGUAUCUCUUACUGUUGACGCGGAUUCUCUUGCUGAGUUAGAUGAUGGAAUGGCUUCCAGUCAAAAUUCUCCCAUUAGAACUUUUGGUCUCAAUCUCUCUUCGGAUCCUUCGGCACUAGGGGCUGUUGCUUCUGACAGUGAACAGAACAAACCAGAAGAAGAACGGGAAAGUCGCAGCCUCUUUCCUGGCAGUUUAAAAUCCAAGCUUGGCAAAAGAGAUUACUUGGAGAAAGCAGGAGAAUUAAUAAAGCUGGCUUUAAAAAAAGAAGAAGAAGAGGACUACGAAGCUGCUUCCAAUUUUUAUAGGAAAGGAGUUGAUUUACUCCUAGAAGGUGUUCAAGGAGAGUCAAGCCCUACCCGUCGAGAAGCUGUGAAGAGAAGAACAGCGGAGUAUCUCAUGCGAGCAGAGAGUCUCUCCAGCCUUUACGGAAAACCUCAACUUGAUGAUGUAUAUCAGCCUCCAGGAUCACUAAGUUCAAGGCCCCCUUGGAACCUAAGGAGCCCUGCCGAGGAGCUGAAGGCCUUCAGAGUCCUUGGGGUGAUUGACAAGGUUUUACUUGUAAUGGACACAAGGACAGAACAGACAUUCAUUUUAAAAGGUCUAAGGAAAAGCAGUGAAUACAGCAGGAACAGAAAGACCAUCAUCCCCCGCUGCGUACCCAACAUGGUGUGUCUGCACAAGUACAUCAUUUCUGAGGAGUCCGUGUUUCUCGUGCUGCAGCAUGCGGAAGGUGGCAAACUCUGGUCAUAUAUCAGUAAGUUUCUAAACAGAAGCCCUGAAGAAAGCUUUGACAUCGGGGAAGUGAAAAAAUCUACACUUACCAAAGUUCACCUUCAACAGCCAACUUCUAGUCCUCAGGACAGCAGCAGCUUUGACUCCAGAGGAAGUGACGGUGGAACCAUGCUCAAAGUUCUGCCGUUGAAGACUAGUCUUACUCCAAGCUCUCAAGAUGAUAGUAACCAAGAUGAAGAAGGCCAGGAUAGCUCUCCAAAAUGGCCAGAUUCUGGUUCAAGUUCAGAAGAAGAAUGUACUACUAGUUAUUUGACAUUAUGCAAUGAAUAUGGGCAAGAAAAGAUUGAACCAGGGUCCUUGAAUGAGGAGCCUUUCAUGAAGAUUGGAGGGAAUGGUGUUGAUACCAAAGCUACUGAAAGUUUCCCAGCACACCUUGCUGCUGGCUGUGACAACCCCAGCACCCAGCAGAUAGCUCAUGAGCUGAAGUUCUUUGCUGGAGAUGAUGAUGUAGAAGCAGUUAGUUCUCCAAGAACGUCAGAUUCCCUUAGUAGAUCUAAAAACAGCCCCAUGGAAUUCUUUAGGAUAGACAGUAAGGAUAGCACUAGUGAACUGCUAGGCCUUGAUUUUGGAGAAAAACUGUAUAGUCUAAAGUCAGAGCCUCUGAAACCAUUUUUCACUCUUCCAGAUGGAGACAGCACUUCCAGGAGUUUCAGUGGUAGUGAAAGCAAGGUAGAAUUUCUAGCUCAGGACACCAUUAGCAGGGGCUCAGAUGACUCUGUCCCAGUCAUUUCUUUUAAAGAUGCUGCUUUCGAUGAUGUCACUGGCACUGAUGAGGGAAGGCCUGAUCUUCUUGUAAAUCUACCCGGUGAACUGGAGCCGACCAGAGAUGGUGCAACAGUGGGAACGACUAAGUGUCCGCAGACCGACAUAGGCAUAAUUGAAAGUAAACUGUUGGAAGCCCCCGAUGUUUUAUGCCUUCAACUUAGUACUGAAAAACGCCAAGCAAGAGAAGAAGAAGGCACGGAGGAAUUGAGUGAUCCCUCUGGACCUACAUCCCAGAGUCUAGCGGAGAAACACAAUGCCCAGGGGGAUCUUGGGAUGUUAUUUGUAGCAGCUGCUGAUCAUAGUAGUUCAGGAGACGUGUCUUUGUUACACACCGAUUCUAAGUUCCAAGGACUUGGAGUGGUGGAGUCGGCAGUAACUGCAGACAACACAGAAGAAAGCUUAUUCCAUAUUCCUAACCCACUCUCAGGUGCUAAUGAAUAUAAUGUAAACACAGACACUUUAAAAACUGAAGAAGUAUUGCUGUUUACAGAUCAAACGGAGGAUUUGGCUAAAGAGGAACUGACUUUAUUUCAGAGAGACCCAGAGACUAAGGGAGAGAGUGGAUUAACCCUAGAAGGAGACAAGGAAAUACAUCAGAUUUUUGAGGACCUUGAUAAAAAAUUAGCACUAAACUCCAGGUUUUACAUCCCCGAGGGCUGCAUUCAAAGAUGGGCAGCUGAAAUGGUGGUAGCCCUUGAUGCUUUACAUAGAGAGGGAAUUGUGUGCCGCGAUUUGAACCCAAACAACAUCUUAUUGAAUGAUAGAGGACACAUUCAGCUAACGUAUUUUAGCAGGUGGAGUGAGGUUGAAGAUUCCUGUGACAGCGAUGCCAUAGAGAGAAUGUACUGUGCCCCAGAGGUUGGAGCAAUCACAGAAGAAACAGAAGCCUGUGAUUGGUGGAGUUUGGGUGCUGUCCUCUUUGAACUUCUCACUGGCAAGACUCUGGUUGAGUGCCAUCCAGCAGGAAUAAAUACUCACACUACUUUGAACAUGCCAGAAUGUGUCUCUGAAGAGGCUCGCUCACUCAUACAACAGCUCUUGCAGUUCAAUCCUGUGGAGCGUCUUGGUGCUGGAGUUGCUGGUGUUGAAGAUAUCAAAUCUCAUCCAUUUUUUACCCCUGUGGAUUGGGCAGAACUGAUGAGAUGAGCAUAAGACAGGGUUCUCUGCACACAUUCCGACCUUCUCUGUGACAGGCGUCCCCAGCACAGAGGCAGCCCUGCCUCGCACUCGCCGAUGGAGCACCGAGACCUUGGGAUAAAGACCUUUAGAGGAAAUGGAAGAAAAAAGGCUGAAAGAGAACACUUUCUUUACUGUUAUUUUCGGGACAGGAUAUUGGCUACACUUGCAAGGGGCAUUUACAUACAAGCCUUUAGACAAGGUGUGAUCUUUAUCUGCAAUUAGUGUUGCAGAUGAGUUGUAAACCCAACGGAAGAAGGAAUGCCCUUCAAGAACUUCCUCUAAAAGCUCCAAGUGUACAUGUAGGUGUUACUUGAAAGGAGGACCUUUACGUGGCAGCUAAUAGUAACUUUCUGCUAAGCAAGAUUGGCUUAUACGAUCAUAAUUAAUAUUUGCUGAAUAAUACACUAAAAGCGCUUCAUGAAUAGUGUCAUCUGUGGAGCUUAAAAAGUGAGAAAAAAAGAAUAUAUACAUCAUGCCUGAUAGAAAACAUGUACCAUGAUACUUUAUAAUUAGGGUAUGCUGAAUGUGGUUCCAUAUUGUUUCAUCCUUUCAGAAGCCCACCGAGAAGAAAACACUCACGUUGCCAACUUCAUAUGCUUUGUUGGUUAACUAUGGAAGGGUUCAUAUAAACACUUGCUGUCUCUCUUCAGCUUCAUCUUUCUGCUCCCUACACCUGUUGCCUUUUCUCUCAUAUCUGUUGCCCCUUCCUCUGCUAGUACAUUUGCAACAAAAAGGGAAGGGAGUAUUUACUUCCCCAAAUUGUAUCAGCUUAAUAAGGACUAAGAAAUCAUGAUUAUAAAAUAAACGUGAUAAAAAUUGAAAUCUCUCUUUCAUUUAAUGGCUUAAGUUUUUUGUUUUGCUUUGUUUUAGGAAGGCCUCUCCUUCUUUCCUCUUGGACUUUUAGCAAUUUCUGCUGCUUCUUAUGCUUAACUUCAUUUUAGGUUUUUGAUUUGGUAUAAUAAGGACCAAAGGAUCUCAUCUAAAUAGAAGUGAAUGGCAAUCCUAUUUUAUUACUUAGUGGUGGGAUUUCCAGGUCUGACCUCCUAAUCUACGUGACACGAUGUAGAAAGAAUACGAGUUUUACACCUCUCCCAACAUUUGUAUUUGUUAUUUCUGUAUGUUGCUACGAUAGCUCCUGCAUUUGUGCCUUGUUUAUAACAGCUUAAAAAUGUUUUUGAAGCAUUACUGUCUGUUUUUAAAACUUUAUCCAAAGGAGAAAGAAUAAGUCAGUUUUUCGGAGUUAGGAGCCAUCAGAAAUAAUGAAGGUCUUCCAUAUAUUUUAAUCCUUUGAGUUUUUGAGCUCUGUGUGGGAUCCCAUUCCUUCUCCAAGAGCAUCUCUACAGCUUCCAUCUGCCGUCAGCCGGGUCCUCCCACCGAAGUAAAUGGAAGCAGAAAAUGCUUUAGUGAAACAAAGGAAAUGUGCAAGCAUUUUUUUCUUUUUCUGUUUUCCUACCUCCCCCUUUUCCUUCUGGUUCCCUUAUAACCUGAACGUCAGAUGAAGGACUGCAACAACACCAGGAUGGCGAGCAGGUCACCAGGAUCAAAGCGUGAUCAAGAUGACAUCACUCCCUGGAACUGGGUUUCAGCUCACCAGCCCCCCUGGCCUCAUAACAGGAACUUGUGCAGGUGAGACCAAAGAAUGACUUCCUGUGUGGAACCAGUAGGAAAUCUGCAAGUACUUAGAGCUAGCCAUGGCAGAGCUUCCUUCCAGAAGUGCCCUCUGACAUGAAAGUAGGACUUCCCAGCUAAGGUGAAGCUCCCAGCCCCGCCACGUGAUUCUGGUUCCUUGGAUUCAGGACAGUAAUGUCGACAGAUGGCUGCUGUGACCGUGUGUUGACAGUUCCAUUGCUUCAAUUCCCUCGCUCUCUGUGUGGUUGGAACUUAAUGUAAAUACAUCAUCCAUAAUCAUGAUGGACAUGAAUUAUUAUCGUAAGAAACACGUAAGAUAUGGCUUUGGGGGUGGUGAACCCAAGUCUGUUUUUAUUUGAUGAUGUAUAUUAAAAUACUAGUAU